AUGACUGACUACUCCAAAUCUGACCACCUAUUUCUCGGCUUCGACUUGUCGACGCAGCAACUCAAGAUUAUUGUAACCAAUGAACAUUUGGACCCUUUACAAACCUAUAAUGUCGAAUUUGAUUCGCAAUUCAAAGACAAAUAUGGUAUCCACAAGGGAGUCAUUACUGGCGAAGAAGGAGAGAUUGUCAGUCCAGUGGCCAUGUGGUUGGAUGCUAUUGAUUACCUUUUCUCUCAAAUGAAGGACGACGGAUUUCCAUUUGAGAAAGUUGCUGGAAUCAGUGGUUCAGGCCAACAACAUGGGUCUGUCUACUGGUCACACGAUGCAAACAAUUUGUUGAAGCAAUUGAAGCCAGACUCGGACUUGAGUGAACAACUCAACGAUGCAUUUUCGUGGGAAAUGUCUCCCAACUGGCAAGACCAUUCAACUCUUCCUGAGGCUAAGGCAUUUCAUAAUGCAGUGGGGAAGGAAAACUUAGCCAAGAUUACCGGAUCAAGAGCACAUUUGAGAUUCACUGGGUUGCAAAUUCGCAAGUUUAUAACCAGGUCUCAUGGCAAGGAGUAUGCAUCCACAUCAAGAAUCUCAUUAGUGAGCUCAUUCGUUACUAGUAUUUUAUUAGGUGAAAUUGCCGAGUUGGAACAAAGUGAUGCUUGUGGAAUGAAUGUGUACGAUAUAAACAAGUCGGAUUACUGCAAUGAGUUGCUUGCUGUUGCUGCUGGUGUUCAUACUAAAAUCGACGGUGUUGCUGAAGAUGAUCCGAAAUACCAAAAGGCGAUUGAUGAUUUGAAGAAAAAAUUAGGCCCAAUUCAACCAAUCACCUAUAAAUCUUCGGGAUCUAUUGCAAAUUACUUUGUACAAAAAUAUGGCUUUUCCAAAGAUUGUAACAUUUACUCAUUUACAGGUGACAAUUUGGCCACAAUCUUGUCAUUGCCUUUGCAGCCAAAUGAUUGUUUGAUUUCGUUGGGUACAUCUACAACUGUUUUAUUGAUUACUGAAAAUUACCAACCUUCGUCACAAUACCAUUUAUUUAAACACCCAACAAUGCCAAAACAUUAUAUGGGUAUGAUUUGUUACUCAAAUGGUUCACUCGCUAGAGAGAAAGCUAGAGACGAGAUCAACAAAAAGUAUCACGUUGAUGAUCACAAGUCGUGGGAUAAAUUUGAUGAGAUAUUGGACAACAGUUCUUCUUUUGAUGGGAAAUUGGGUAUAUAUUUCCCUAUUGGAGAGAUUGUCCCACAAGCGCCAGCCCAAACAAUUCGUGCUGUGUUGAAUAAAAAGUCUGACGACGAUUACGAAGUUGUCAAGUGUGAACUAGGCGAGAAUGGGUUCGAUAUUGAUGAUGAUGCAUUGGCAAUUGUGGAAAGUCAAACCUUGAGUUGCAGGUUACGAGCAGGUCCUAUGUUGAGUAGAUCGGGAUAUCAUAAGGACGAUUCAAAGGUAAAGGGCAACUCUGAUGCAUCAUCGAAAGCCGACGAAUUAUAUCAACAAGUGACCAAGAGGUUUGGGAAGUUAUACACUGACGGCAAGGAACAAAAUGUGGACACUUUGACAGCUCGUCCCAAUAAAUGUUACUAUGCUGGUGGUGCUUCGAAUAAUCUCAGCAUUAUCCACAAAAUGGGACAAAUAUUCGGACCAGUCAAUGGGAACUACAAAGUUGAAAUUCCCAAUGCAUGUGCUUUAGGAGGUGCAUACAAAGCCAGUUGGAGUUAUGAGUGUGAACAAAAGAAUGAGUUUAUAGGAUACGACGAGUAUAUUAAAAAAUUAUUUGACACUGAUACUGAAUUGGGUGGGUUUAAAGUGGAUGAUAAAUGGAAUAUUUUGAUGGUGUUGGAAUGUUGGCAAAGAUGGAGGAAGAGUUGUUAA